UGAGGGGGCAAAAGCUGCAGCUCGACUUCCGAAGUAGUCGCGAGGGUGACGAUAAGGGGAGAGGUGCAAAAGGGAGAACAUCCGCGCCUUCAUAAUGCAAUCUGGGACAGGCCUCAGUUGCAUCGUAGGCUCCAGGUCUGCUACUCUUCCAGUUGACUAGUCCGAUCAGAUUUGCGAUCGUUGGAUCAGGAGCCAGGACCUCACUUCGCCGAGGUGAGCUCCUGGAAUUUCGAAUCUCAUAAACCUGUUGAUAUCUGACCCUCCCCUCCCCUCUUUAACUUCCGUACUCGUCUCCGACCGACGCAAGCUUCGCUGGCUCCAGGUUGGAGCAAAGCCUCGGCACGAGAGUUUCCUUUCCUCAGGCUCGUCCAGGAGGUUCUCCUCAGGUCCCCUGAGAAGCGAAUACCUUUGAGCCGUCGACGAGAUUUUGUUCUCCACGAUGAAGGAGAAUACGAAAGGGCCUAGCCAGUUCGGCUUAGGCAAGAACAUGGGACCCAUGAUUCUUGCUAUGGUGGCGCUUUGCGGUGUCUCGUUUUACCUCGGAGGGGCCUACUAUGCCAUUCCAGAGAACUCGGAUGGAUCUUCUGUUAUGGACAGAUCGGGGUGCAUCCCUUUGCAAAAGGUUGAGGCGUUCCCCGUGUGCAACAUCACUACCCAAGACAUGACUCCUUGCCAGGAUCCUAAGAGGUGGAAUAGGUACAAGAAGCAGAGGUUGGCCUUCAGGGAGCGCCAUUGUCCUCCUCGCGCCGAACGAUUACAGUGCCUCAUUCCUCCUCCACCUGGAUACAAAACGCCCAUCCCCUGGCCCAAGAGCAAGGAUGAAUGCUGGUACAAAAAUGUACCCUAUGAAUGGAUCAACAGCGUCAAGGCCAACCAGAACUGGUUGAAGAAGACCGGUGAGAAGUUUAUUUUCCCUGGUGGUGGUACAAUGUUUCCCAACGGAGUCACGGAGUACGUCGAUCGUAUGGCAGAGUUGAUUCCAGGGGUAAAGGAUGGAAGCGUGCGAACCGCCUUGGACACUGGUUGUGGUGUUGCCAGUUGGGGAGGAGAUCUGUUGAGCAGAGACAUCCUGACGAUGUCUUUGGCCCCUCGAGAUAAUCACGAGGCCCAGGUUCAGUUCGCGCUGGAGAGGGGUAUUCCGGCGAUGUUGGGCAUCAUUUCCACGCAGCGCAUGCCCUAUCCCUCCAACUCGUUCGACAUGGCCCACUGCUCGCGAUGCUUGAUUCCUUGGAUCGAGUUCGGUGGAGUGUAUUUGUUGGAGGUGGACCGCGUGUUGCGUCCGGGAGGUUUCUGGGUGCUGUCAGGGCCCCCGGUCAACUACCAGGAGCACUGGAAGGGAUGGGAAACCACCGAGGAAGCCGAGAAGACGCUGUUGGACAAGAUCGAGACUCUGCUUGGCAACAUGUGCUACAAGAAGUACGCAAUGAAAGGUGAUCUGGCGGUGUGGCAGAAGCCGAUGGACAAUUCGUGCUACGAGGACAGGGAGGACGAUGUCUACCCUCCUUUGUGUGACGACGCCAUUGAGCCCGACGCGUCGUGGUACGUGCCCAUGAGGCCCUGCAUUGUGCCCCAGAACGCAGGAAUGAAAGCCCUUGCCGUGGGCAAGACGCCCAAGUGGCCUGAGAGGCUAAGCACCGCACCGGAGAGGCUGAGAACCAUCCACGGAUCCAGCACCGGGAAAUUCAACGAGGACACCAAAGUGUGGAAAGAGAGAGUGAAACACUACAAGCGCAUCGUACCCGAGUUCAGCAAGGGCGUGAUCCGAAACGUGAUGGACGCGUACACCGUCUACGGAGGCUUCGCCGCAGCUCUAAUUGACGAUCCAGUGUGGGUGAUGAACGUGAACUCGCCCUACGCGCCAAACACUCUCGGCGUGGUAUACGAUCGGGGUCUGAUCGGAACUUACAACGAUUGGUGCGAGGCGUUCUCAACAUACCCCCGCACCUACGAUCUCCUGCAUGUGGCAGGGCUUUUCACCGCCGAGGGCCACAGGUGCGAAAUGAAAGACGUCAUGUUGGAGUUCGACAGGAUUCUAAGACCCGGCGCCCUGACGAUCUUCAGGGACGGCCAUGCGUAUCUGGAGCAGGCUGACUUAUUGGGCAAGGCGAUGCGGUGGGAGUGCACCCGCUUCGACACCGAGGUGGGUCCUCAGGACAGCGAUGGCUUGUUGAUCUGCAGGAAGUCCUUCUGGCAAGCGAAGUCGGCCAGCAACGGCGAUGAAGAGUAAAGCAACGAGCUCUCUCACAAUCUGAGAAUGGGUCUGAGUGCUCUCAUUUCGUGGCCGGGCGUCGUUCUGUCGCCCUGCUGGAGGCCUAGAGAUCGAUAACAAAAGAAACACAUCAGUCUGGAAGCAGUUGUCGGUGCCACAGAACGGGGAGUUUUGUCGUAAUUUCUGCGAGUAUAUCGCUCACCAUCGAUCAGAGAUUUGUCCCGAGAGAGAUUCAAAGCAGUGAUCCCGCAUGAAAUAUCAACAUUGGAAAGACUAAGAUAGAGGGCUGGCACUGUGGCCCCCAUCGGAUCAGGCCCGGAGCUUCGCCUCACGAGUUCGAUUCAAGGGUUUUUUAGAUUUUCUUAAAUGCAUUUUCUCAGAUGUUGCUGCAGCUUCAUUGAUUUUACACAUAUUUGUAGGAAGUUGGAUAGUUUUGCUCAAGAAAACAAAUCCCGUGUGGGUCUUUCUGAAACAGCUUCCUAUUCUAAUUUAAUUGUUUUUAAGGAAGCAGUAGUGUGGCAUCUGAGAAAAUAAAGUCGCUAAAUCAUUAUGAGGGACUUACUUAUGAUCGUGCCAUAAUCAGCUUACUAUGGAAAUGAAAUAAAGAACAGCAUUUAAUUUUGCUGUCUGUAAUAUUCAUAUAAUUUUUACAACAGUUAUGUGGUA